AAUAUCCCGGAUGAACUAACACUGCUCGCGUUUGUGGUGGCGGUGCAUGCAGCAUAGGCAAAGCAAAGCUGAUGUGAUUGCAUUGGGUCUACCGUUAGUAUUCGCCAUGGUUUUUCGUGAUGUGUUUUUGUUUGGUUCUAGAAAGGAUACGAGAUUUCCAUAAAUACGAUCGAAAGAGAAAAUUUGUCAUUGCGGUGGACCAGAUUGUGGAACAAACGUCGUUCUGCAGGGACUGUCACGAAUUCAAGGUUGCAUAGAGUGCAUUGUUUUUAAGCACACAUUCUCGAUCGCCUUUCAUUUCCACUGGCGUUAGGAAAACCAAUCGGGAAGGAUGAGUUCUGAAGAAAGAUCCGAUAAUUCGGGGCAGACAGAUGACAGCAAGUAAGUUAAAUUUAUCUGAAAGUGGUUUUACAAUACAAAAGUCGCCGUCUAUAGUAGUGGGCGCUACAAAGCUUGAAAUGUAUGUUGUGUUGUGGUGAAAUGUACGCUAUAUGGCGAGUUCGAAUUCAAAAACAUAGCGACCACAAACUGAAUCACACAACAUUGUUCCUUGCUUUGUUUUCUGCUUGUUGUGAUCCUUUCAUCUUGUCAAAGCGAACACGAUGGUUCCAUUUAAGCGAAAUUGAAGCUUAUCCCUCGUAGCAGGUUGUGUGUUGUUUUACAUGCAGACUUCAAUUCCCUUGGGUGACCCGAUCGAACCCGCGUACUUUGCAUAUCAAUGAUAGCCUUUCCAAUCAUUUCAGUUGUUAAAUUUCUUUCGUCGUAUUUAAAGGUGACUGUUAUGGAUCGUCCACAUGAAAAAAUGCUUUCUGAUUAAAGUUAUCCUCUCUUUGUACACUUUUCGUUCCCUUCGAGGCGGAUCUUUCGUCAACCGGAACGAAUACUGACUGACCAAAAGGAAGGAAAUGAGCAAAUUCGGCCUUUAAAUCUGACCUAGAUUUUCCUUCCUCUAAUUUGUAACUUGACUCGUCGCAAUUAUCGUCUGAGAUUGAUCUGUUUCUACUUGUAAAUUUCUAGUUGGAUGGUUUGGUUGGAAAAUAGAAUUUGCAAAGUGCAAUCUUUGAUUUUUUUUUGUUGAAGGAGUUGUUUCUGCAUGAAAAUUUCGCGCAAGUUGUUUGCAAGUUCGCAAAGGAUAAUUUUGUUAAUUUUUUAAAAUUAGUAUAUGUACUGUGGCAAAUAAAAUUUGUCUGACGAGGAAACAAUGGUUGAGGGCUAAGUGCACUUGAUGCCAUUGUACUGCUUGACCAUACCAGAUAGUUUCUCACAUUUCAAUUGUCAUCACAAAUUAGUUAUGUAAAUUACUAAGAUGAAUUGAGCCAUAAAGCUGUAGUAGCUGAAGAAAAAAACUGAGAGCUCUGAAAAUUUCUCUUGAUGCUGAUUACUUGUUUAACAUAUACAAACAAGCCUGUGUGGCAUAUGUGAGUAAUCAGUAACUUUUGAGUAACAUUGAGAAAAAGCCUCCUUAUUUUACCAAAAAGUCAUUUUGCUGCAUAACAAAGUCAUUUAAAAGCAGUCUUUUUUCAUUAAUUUGGAAAACAUACACAAAACUUUCAUUUAGCGACAUUGUUAAGGGUAUUAAACUUCAUGACUCUUAAAAAAGCGGUUGGUUUGUUACCUUCUAAAUUCUUAAGUCCAAGACAUCAGGAUUCCCUGCGGGAGUGCAUUGGGUGGACACCUUUAAGACGAUCACUCUGCACUGAUCUAAAUGGUGUCUGUCCUUGAGAGUAAACUUUAUACUGUAAAAAACCUCCCUGAAAUGGCUACUGGCCAUGAUUUGUCUGUAUAGGUCUGUUUUAGAAUGAAUUGACUCUUUACAAUGUGUUCACCUUUGUAAGGCAGAAAUUCCUAAUAAUGUCCAUUUUGGAAUUAGUUAACUCUCUAUAGGGUGAAGACAGUUGCUUGUGGCUCAUCCCUGUAGCAUUAGUCCUUGAGAGAGGUGUUAGUAUAAGGUGGAGUCGUCUCUUUAUGAGGCUGACAUCUCCGUAGGAGGUGGUCACCCAUUCGUCCUAACCUGUUCCACAGACAGAUCUAAACUUCUGGUUAAAUCUGUCUGCGAAACAGCACUGAAAUCCUUGUUCAGGGUUCCCAACUGUGUACCAGGAUUUGUGAAUGCACCAUGACUGGCCUGUUAACCCUUUAAACCCUAAAAUCAAAAUUGAGAUUCUCAUUUACUGUCCCUAUACAAUUCAAUAGAGGUAUUGGGGAGAAUUUGGUGAAAUAUCAAAUAGACUCAUCCUCCCUGAUCAUGUACUCAAUUCUCACAACCACCAUGUUUUCUAAAGCAUUGAUAUUAUGAGGAGAAAUUUUAUGCUGAUCACUCUUAGGGCUUAAGGGUUAAAAAUGCCUUUGUUGAUUUGCCAAUCAGGUUGAAGGGAAAUUCAAAGUGCAUUUUCCAGUAAAUCAUUGAGUCUGUCAGGGGUUCCAUUUACAAGGAUAUCAGGGUUGCUUCCCAGAGGUUACUAACCAGAUUAUGUCUGUGAUGCAGGCUAAUCAUUAGUCCUGACCCCAUUGGGGUAUGUCUUAGUGUACUGUAAAAAUUACAAGGUUAAUUGUAUGGUCGCUACAUUUAAUAAUGUUGCCUAUCUUAAAUUUACUUUCAGGUCAGAGAGUGAUGAUGAGGUAAGUUUGUUUAUUGUUUGUUUGUUUUCGUUUUUAACCUUUUCAUUUCUAGACCUGUACGUAUUCCCUUUAACUUUGGAGCCUGUGGAUGAAAUGUAAUGGUUUUACUUUACUGUGAAACUCAGAAACUUCUUAAUUUGUGAACACCAGAAAUAUUUUUGGAAUGCUGUGGUGUUGCCAGGAAUAUGCCAUUCAGGCAGGAGAAAACUAGACUGCAAGCAGCAGUGGUGAUGAGUGUGUUGUUUUGUGGUCUGCUUCUGAGUCCUGAACUCAGCUGUUCACAGUUUUCUGAGUUUGAUAGUAAUGAAAUGAUAAACAGAGGAAAAACCAGUGUGCAAAGAAAGUAGUGUCUGCUGGCCCGUGGCUAGUGGAUUUUGCUAUUGGGCUAGUGAAUUCUGUUCUUAACUUGCCUGACGGGCAAGUGAAGUAUUUGGAGGAAUUCAACGUACAGGAGAACUGUGAAAUCAAUUCUGCUCAUCAAAACAUUUUUGGUUGCUAGAUGAAAUGAUGUUUGGGCUGGUAAAUGCUAGCUUCAGCUUGCCUGAAUGGCAAGCCAUAAAAAUGACUUUCUUUGCACCCUGAAAACACUUUGAUCUUUUAACAAAUUCUCCCGACUAAUUUUUCAAGGAACUGUAUGGAGAAGAGUCAGGAGAAUUUGUAUGUAAAUAUUAGGGCUUAAAGGGUCAUACAAUGAUUGUUGUUGCUGCGUACUGUUAGUUUCAUUUCCUGCAUAAAUGUCAGCUAAUAGAAGAGAUAAAAUCUGUACGAGAAUGGAAUUUCCAUGAACUGACAUCUACUGUGUAUUUCUUGACACGUGUGAAAGGUUAGGAACCAUCUAUUUAUUUUUAUUUUUAUUUUUUUUUAGGUCUCAGGUGAACAUGUUAUUUCUUCAACGGAGGAGUAUCAGCCUCCUUACUACGAGCAUAUUGAGGAGAAUGUUUAUUUGUUUGACAGGUAAAUACCAAAAUUUAACAUUUGACAUGUGCUUUUUGUAGUUCCCCAGUCUAGAAACUUUAAAGGAAGCUUUCAGUCCCAGAGGGGGUGUAGAAGGUACUCCCAUAAAUUUCAGAUAGGUGGGUGCCACCCACGGUCUUAAACCCUGAGCUUUUUCAAGGAAGUGACAAACAAAAAUUAACAUCCAAUGUAUGGCCCAAACCUGAAAAGUGACACCUUAUUCAAGGGAAAAUAAAAACUAAAACUUUUAUGGUAAGACACAAACCUGCAUCAAAUCACUUUCCUAAUACUGUUAGCCUGUGCCCACAGAUGAAACUAAAGUCUGGUUAAGUCUGUCUGCGAAACAGGGCUGGAAUCCUUGGUCUGGGCUCCCAGCUGUGUAGCCAGAUUUGAGUUAGCACCAUGAUUGGCCUGUUUAAAAUGCCAUUGUCAAUUUGCCGAUUAAGAUGAAAGGAAAUUUGGAACGCUUUUCCUGUAAUAAUUAUUCGUUGAGUCCAUUGGAGGCCCAGGACAAGGAUAUCGGUGCUGCUUUGCAGACGUUAACCCUUUAUGCCCCAAGAGUGACCAACAUCAAUUUUCUCCCGACAGCAUCAAUAUGUAAUCAAGAGAUUAGGUUAUGAGAAUUAAUAAGAUGAUCAUGAAUCUAAAGGGAACUGCUUUGAUCUCUAAACAAAUUCUCAAAACGAAUCCUUUAGGUAAUGUAUGGAUAUCAGUGUGGAGAAUUUUUAUGUGGAUACUGGGGAUUAAAGGGUUAGAUUAUGUCUGCGACACAGGCUCAGAUCUGGGUAGUGCUUCUGAUUGGUCAUGCCGCGUGGGAAAUUUGAUUCAACCAAUCAGAAGCACUACCCAGAUCGGGGUCGUGAGGCGUCAUCAGUAUGGAAUUUGUGCACUCGUUUCUCAGACGUCAUUUGGCGGAGAAACCAGUGGUAGCAUCACCAAAUGUUGGCUGUGUUCUCAGGCUAACCAGGAACACAAUACCAACAAAAAAUGAUACUGUGUUUAACCCUUUAAGUGCCAAUAGUGACCGACAUCAAUUUUCUCCUAACCAUAUCCAAAGAUUGUGAAGAGAUUAUGUUCUGAGAAUUAAUUUUAAAUUGAGGGGUUUAUUUUUGGAAGAGAAAAUGCUUUGACCUUGCGUUUCAAAAAAUUCUCUCAACACUUUGUUUUCUUUUUAAGGAAAUGUAUAGAGAUCAGUUUGGAGGAAUUCACGGUUAUGUGGAUAUGGGGGCUUAAAUGGGUUAUGAUUGAUCACCUAAGAAAAACAGUAUCCCUACAAAUUCUUUUUAUAGGAGUUUGGAGAAUUUGUGGAUAUUGGGGACAGGAUUGAGACCCUCAAAAACAAUACCCUGAUUGGUCGUUUGGUUGCCCUGAUUGGUUAAUGGUUGCCCUGACUACUAUCAAGUUCAAGUUCAUGUUCAUUUAUUCACACUUAUUCAAUUACAAUACAACAACAAUAAGGAAAAUAAAGCAGUAAAAACUCAGCGAGCUAUACAUUGAAUUAAACAUAACAAAGGAAAAAGUGUGUAGCAGCCGAAGGAGCCAAGCUUUCGAGUUGGCUACUACGACAGAGUGGUUACAAGUGGGUGGGGGUUAUACAGUACUUAUAAAAAACUAUUUAAAUUAAAUAAUUAAAUAAAUAGAGCUAAAUAACAGAUUAGAGUUGUUCAAGAUGCCUGACUGUCAAGUAGAAAGAGUUUAUAUUCUUUUACACUGUUAAACUCAUGCUCUGGGUUAAAUUCUGCACAGUUAAACUCUUAAAUUCUGUACGGUUAAACUCUCCAUGCAUUUAACUCUCCACUCCCCAUCUUGGUCGCACGUGAUGUUCCCUGAAAUCACUUCACCUAAAUCUCAUCCCCAUUCUCCCUUGAGUCUCUGAAGUGGGGAAUUCACCUCACUGCUCAGUAAAAGUGGCAUUAGUGUUGCACACAGCUAAGUAACCUUCAAACGAUUUAUUCUUUACUCUAGGAAGAAGAGAGUAAACAAGGAAGUGAGAAAGAUGCAAUGUGACUGCACCUUUGAUGCUGGUAAGGGAAAGCUGUGUCUGGCAUAAUAUUUUUUGGGCUUCAUGUACAUGUACAAUGUACAUCAAAUCAGGGUGAAAUAGUGAUUGAUUUCUAUAUUUGAACAAAUAAUGAAUUGUAAAGAAGUUUAAUAAGCAGUUUGAGAAGUUCCAAUGUACAAUGUAGAUUUGGUUAGACUCAGGGCUUGAAAAAAACUUGAAUUCCAGCUUGCCUUUUAAACAAGCAGUUCUCACAGUUUUCUUGCCCUUGGCCACUUCUUGCUUGUCUCAGUUAAUAAUUUUGUGGAUCAUUAUAUGUUUCUAGAAAACUGCCCGCCUACCCCUCUCCUAUGCCAACAUUUUGCGCUAAGUGGGAAGUAAAUGUUAAUGUUGGCUUAGGGGAGGGGUAGGUGGGCAGUUUCCCAGAAACAUACUAUGUUCCGUAUUAGGGGAUGACUUAUCCGGACCCUUGCCCAUUGACCACUGCAAAAAAUACCAUAACAUACCAUAAUUAGCAAUUAUUGCACUCGGUUAUCGCAAAAUAUCGUGAUUUGUCAGUGGAGAGCAGAUCAGUUAUUCAGCUGAGGCAAAUAAUUGAUCUGCGAGACACUGACAAAUCAUGAUAUUUUGCGAUAACCGAGUUCACCGAGUUUGUUUUUAAGGAAUAUCUCCGGGAAGCGAAGCGAUCUGCCAUUUUCACGCAAGAGCGGUCAAAGAAGGAGAAAAGCGUGGUCUCAAGCAGAAUAGUAUUAGCAGCCAAAAACAGUUGAACAACAUUGCGCAUGAGCACACCAUAAUUUGUAGGCAUUUAUUUGCAGGUCACGUGGUGGGCUCUCGGCCAGUGAAAAGGAAGAAACAAUUGCAUUGAAUGAUAAUGCCUUUUGUUUGUUACCCAAAAUUUUGCAUAAGCAUUGUUUUCAGUUUCUCUCGGGGCCAUUUUAACUUCCAAGAGAAACUGACGACAAUGCUUAUGCAAAAUUUUGGGGUAACAAACAAAGAGCAUUAUGGUAUGUUAUGGUAUUUCUGGAGUGGUCAAUUGGGCAUGUAAGCGUUAAAAGUUGUUAGUUGCCCAGCAAGGGAAUCUACUUGUCCUAGACUACCGGAAUGGACAUAAGCCCAGACUGUAUGUGUAAAUCUUUUGCUGUUUAAUGUUUGUCUGUAGAUGAUGAGGAUUUUGUUGCCUGUGGCGAGGACUGUCUUAACAGGCUGCUCAUGAUUGAAUGGUAUGUUCAAUAGUGACCAAAAACAAUUUUCUCCUAAUAAUAUCCAUACAUUGUCAAGAGAUGAAGUUAUGAGAAUUAAUAAAAUGAUCACCAAAGGGAAAAUGCGAUGAUCUUUUAUCAUAUUCUCUGAACUAAUUCUUAAAGAAAAUGUGUGGAGAUCAGUUUGGAGAAUUUGUAUGUGGAUAUAAAAUUUGGGACUUAAAGGGUUAAUCAUUCAAUAUUUCAUGUUAAUUACUUGUAUAAGACAGAAUUGGAUAAGCGCUAGCCUUACAGGCCUUCCUGUCUCAAAUUUCUCCUAUUUUGCUCUUUUGAGAUCUAUCAGCUCACACUUCUCUCUGAUUUCUGUCCUAACAGUAACAGCAGAUGUGCAUGUGGAACACAAUGCAGCAACAAACGAUUUCAACAGGUCAGUAGAGCAGAAAAAAAUAGAUGGCAGAAUGUCUUUUUUUAUAUAUAUAUGGUGUGGCAGUCAACGUCAGAUCAGAGUUGGAAGAAUCAGAAGUUUCCAUUUCUUCUGACUCAGCUUAUGACUCUGUUGCUCAUGAUCUAGUGAAAACCAGAUUGCGGGGGUUGGAACGAACGGCAGAAGGAUAAACCAAUCUCAAUGCACGUUCCCAUGCUUUGUGAUUGGUUUAGUUCUUCUAUUUUCUGCUUGUGACUCCGACAACCUAAUUUUUACUCGAUCAUAAGCAACAGAGUCGUAAGCGGAAUUGAAACCCUUUUUUCACUACAUCAUAAAGUCUUACUCUUCUGAUUAUGACUCUGACUCUGUCAUUAGUGAUACCCAGCCUUUAAACAAUGCUCUUCCUUUAGGGCUGCAAGGUGAAAGUGGAAGUCUUUAAAACUGAGAAGAAAGGAUGGGGAUUGCGAACACUUGAGGAUCUUGAGCCGUAAGUUUGUCUUGUAGUUUGUUAUCAUUUGAACACUGCCUGGUUGGCUCAGUUGAAAGAGUGUCGGUCUGCUGAGUGGGAGGUUGUGAGUUAAAAACCUGGCUGGACCAACAGUCAGGGUCAUUAAAAUAACUGAGGAGAAAGUGCUGCCUUUGCAAUGACUUCUGCAAACAGUUAGACUCUCUAGUCUUCUCCGAUAAGGACGAAAAACCGUAGUUGACCUGUCUCACAGCACUUUCACCUAUCUGGUUCUUUGUGGGAAGUAAAAGAACCCACACCACUGUUUGAAAAGAGUAGGGGACGUAGACCCCAGUGGUGUGGCCAACCUCUCAUGGACUGGGUAGGUUAUUUGCAAGGACACACUUAAAUUCAAGCCUUGUUUUUUGUUGGAAGUGAUUGAAUAAAUAAGUAAAUGAAUAAAUGAAAUUGCAAAUUAUUAAAUAAAUGCUUAAAAAAGGUGGCCUUUGAAUAAACCAAGCCUUUUGUCCUCCAAUGUAUGUAAGAGCCAGUGGUGCCUUUUCCCCUUGGGUGACUAGAAAAUCUCAGAUUUUUUACGCAAAUCAUAUGCUGGGCACCCUAGAGUUUACAGUUUCAGAGCACUAGGCUCCCUUCAAUUUUCCUUAGAGCACAGCCUUGGUCCUCAGUGUUAAAAGUGAGAGUAAUAAGUAAAUUGGGCUAAGGACCAACUCUGAAAGGGUUAAAUUAGCUGUAACUCAUAUGCCCUCCGAAUCUUCCUGGACAAGUGAAAAUCUUACUAGAUAAUAGAAAGCUUUAGAUUUGAUUACAAGGAUGACUACGAGUACAAGAUUCAACUUUAUGUUUUUUCACGUAUCCUCAAAAAAUAUUCAACACAGAAAGCUUCACUGUACUAUGAUAAAAUGAUUAAACUUCCUGCCAUUAUGGCAUUCUUGCUAAAACUCUUAAAGUAGAAUGACAUGUGCUAUUACAUUUUCCUGCCAAAAUGAUGCUGGUUCUUGCACAACACUGCUUAGUAUUGAGAAAAUCUUGUUCUUGUAGUCGUCCUCGUCUUAGAAUCUAUUCUCUCUAAUGACAAUGCUUGACUGGGGUUUGCUCAAAAUUCCCAGCCAGGCAAAAACAAUGUCUGAAGUUUGAUAGCACAUAAAUACUGUUUUUACUACACUUUUGUUUAGAAAUCAGUUUGUGAUGGAAUACUGUGGGGAAGUUAUGGAUUACAAAGAUUUCCAAGAAAGAGCAGAGCGUUAUGACAAAGAGAACAGAAGACAUUAUUAUUUCAUGACGCUUAGAGCUGAUGAGGUAAUAAUUGGCUGCUUUUACAAGAUAUUAGGGAGUUUUAGCAAUGACGACAGUGAUGGCAACGGGGACGCCAAAAAAGCAAUUGGUUUAGUACUCUGCCACCACUGCACGACCAUGAUGUGAAAAUGCCUAAUUUUCACAUUUUGUUUGUACAGUUGUUUGUACUUGCCACUUCAUUGUUUUGUUGUUUUUCAUGUAUAACUGUACUCUCACAGAUUAUUGAUGCCACAUUUAAAGGAAAUCUAUCACGAUUCAUCAACCAUAGUUGUGACUCAAACUGUGAAACUCAAAAGGUAGGUUGAUGAAAACAUAACUUACUGUAAAUCCUGACGUUAGAAGUUACCAUUAACUAACCUUUGUAUGGAUGGUGCUUAAGGCACAGUAAGCAAUUUUUAAUGUGUGUCUUCAGAAUUUUUUUUACCCCUUUGGCUGAGAUUCAGUAGAGUAUGGUCCUUUUUUCAUUUUAUUAACCCUUUUAUCACUAUUGGUAGCCAAAGUAAAAAAUUCACAUCAAAACUCAUUUUUUGUAAAAUCAGAGAAAUUAUUAGAACCAUACAUAAGAUUUGUCUAAUCAAAGUUUCCUUUGAAUGGUAACACCAUAGGAGAUCAUCCACAGAAUACCCAGUUAACCCUUUAAGUCCCGAUAGUGACCAACAUCAAUUUUCUCCUAACAAUAUCCAGUAAUUGUCAAGAGAUACGGUUAUGAGAAUUAACAAAUGAUCACCAAAGAGAAAAUACCUUGAUCUGUUAUUAAAUUCUUAAAGGAAAUGUAUGGAGAUCAGUUUGGAGAAUUUGUAUGUUGAUAUUGUGACUUAAAGGGUUAAGGUGUAAUGUUACCAUACUUUGUCCAGUAAUAAAAGGAAGAAGUCCUGCUAAGUAGUGCUUUUUCACCACAGAUAAAUCAUUUACUUAAUUAAAUCUACUAUUGUUGGAUCAGUGAGGAGAAUAUUCAUAGUAACAUCAGUUCUGUUUGUUUUAGUGGACUGUGAAUGGCUUGCUUAGAAUUGGAUUUUUUACCCAGAGACACAUUCCAGCAGGAACUGAACUGACAUUUGAUUACAAAUUGCAGCGUUACGGGUAUGAUUACGCUAUAGCAUUUAUUUUUUAAUCAUGCAGUUUAUUGAUGUGCUCUGUAUUGAUUAGGUUCUGACUGCUAUGUACACUCUAUAUUUUCCUCAUUCCUAAAGUUUAUCGUGUAUAAUGCAAAUAAAUUGUGGGGAAUGUCUAUUUGAAAACCAACAUUUAAUGUAGAAAUUUGAUGUAUCUUUAUGGUACUUUUAUGCAUUAAGAGUACAAUCGACAUGAAUACCACCGCCAUGAUGUUUUCCUUAGUAUGCGCAUGAAAGACUUACUGUGAAACUCACAAAACUGGAACACCAGAAAUAUUUCUGGAAUGUUAUUGCGUUGCAAGGAAAGAGCCAAUCAGGCGUGGGAAAACUAAUCUGCACACAACUGUGGUAAAAAGGUUUGGGGCUUGUUCACAUGUUCCGAUGUUAAGUGCGAUUGGUUAUGACACAAUAAACGCUCAAAAGAUUUCAGAUUUUCACAGUUUGAUUAGUUUGACGGUAAUGGAAGCACUAUUUUCUUCUUUUUGUGAAUUUGCACAGAAAAGUGGCUCAAGUGUGUCACUGUGAGGCUGACAACUGUCGUGGAUUCAUUGGUGGUGAAAAGCAAACUCCUCUGAAGAACACAGUUGAGAGAAUCACUACUCCACCAACUAGCUCUCCAAGAAGGAGAGCUCGUAAAAAGAGGAACCUAACAGCUGAAUUUGAUGACGUUACGGUAAAUCCAAAAAUGUCAUUUGGAGCUUGUUUUAGUUGUCUUGCUUUUUAGUUGAAAAUUGCUUGGUUUCAAACCAAGGGGGACUGGGUAUGAGUCUAUAUGUCAUGGGAUUAUCAACACGAGAUACAGCCAAUCAAAAUCUCUUAAACAAAAAAUGUCCCCUAGAUCUUAUCGCAAUUUCCAGCAUUUGUCAUAAGGCUCUUGUUGAUUAGUUCUUCAAAGUACCCCACAGAUAUUUAGGAAACAAAAUAAACAAACACUUCAUGUCAUGCAAUCAAGAAUAAUAACUUCCUGUCUCCAACACCAGAAACAGUAUCAGCAACAUGUUGCUAUAGCUACCAACCUUUGGGAGGAGCCCUUAUUUAAGGGUCUUGAUGAGCACCCGCCUCCACCCUUCCCUCAAUACCCCCUUAACACGAAGUCAAGAUCUCUAAUGGGGAAUAGCAGAGGAUCUACUUUGGAAAUUUUUUUAAAACUAAUUUUUGGUUUGAUUUGUUGUCAGCUUGAAGAUGAGGUGGAAAAACUUUUGGGAGAUAACAGGGGAUUGGUGCAAAGUGACCACGCCUUAAAACUGUCACGACUGAUGGUACGAGCAGAGACCACAGAGCAGAGAAUAAUGCUUCUUAAAAUCCUGCAGGUAAAUGCUGAAUUAUGAAGUUUUUUGGGAGGCAAGUAGUCUGAUAGAAAAAUUGACAUUAGUUCACAUGGACUCCUUAAAGAAGGCCCUGUAGGCUAUAAUAUGGGCAGGCUGCCUUGUGGAAAAGGCUUGGCUACCAGGAAGUAAGAUAACUCUAAAAUUAUUCGAUUUAGCAUGGUCGCCUUUUUAUGUGCCUAUGUACUUGUAGGUAAAUAUUGUUUUUUUCGUCAACUUUUCUUUUGCAGAACACCACUGACCAAUCUUGUUUGAAGGGCUUUCUAAGAUUUCAAGGCUUGUCUCUGUUAUGGAGCUGGAUGGUUGAUGGAGGGGAAAAAAAGCCAAAAUUGCGGAGAGAGGUAAAGAUCAGGGUGUAAUUGCUUUGAAUAUUCCAAUUUAAUUAUCAUCAUUGUCAUUGCAGCGUGCAAAGAAAGUCGUGUCUGAUAGCGCGGGGCUAGUGGAUUUUGUUAUUGGGCUAGUGAAUUCUGUUCUUUACUUGCCCGACAGGCCAGUGAAGUUUUUUACAGAAGAAUUAUGAAAUCAAUUCUGCUCAUCAAAAAGUUUUGAGGGGUAGUUGAAAUGAUGUUUGGGCUAGUAAAUGCUGUCUUCGGCAAGCUUUAAAAAUGAUUUUCUCUGUACCCUGCAUCAUGUCCGCGUCAUAUUAAACUUGUGCUCAUAAGUCACUGAAUUGUACAAACCUCUCCACGUUGAAAGCAUUUAUCUGUCACUUCAAUUCUGAUGGUAAACAUUUGAAUGUAUUUACUAAUUCCCAGUUCCUCCUGGUUGUUAUCAGUGUAAAUGAGUGGGAUUGUUUAACCCUUCAAGUCCCAAUAGUGACCAAUAUCAAUUUUCUCCUAACAAUAUCCAUACAUUGUCAAGAGAUAAGGUUAUGAGAAGUUAUAAAAUGAUGACCGAAGAGAAAAUGCCUUGAUCUCUUAUCCAAUUCUCCCAACUCAUUCUUUAAGGAAAUAUAUAGAGAUAAGUUUCGAGAAUUUUUAUGUGUAUAUUGGGACUUGAAGAGGUUAAAACUGUUUAUACGCUCCUGUAACAGAAGCAGGGAAAUUGCUUGGUACUUUGAGAAACUGAACUUUGAUUAAUAAGGCAUGUGAUUUUUGAGAAAUGAGUGAAGACCAUUAUUUGUACCUUGCCUACUAUGGUAUUGGGAAGCUAAAUAUUUUGUUAUCAUCAGUUUUUGGCCAACCAAAGCUCUUCAAUGCAAUCUCUGCAAUGGCAUUGAUAACCACAAUUGUGAUUGUUCAUCAAGCUUUUCACUCUAGUAGGUUAUCAAUUCAGGAAAGAUUCUGAAAUGUGAUUUUAUGUUUGCUUGUAGUUGCUUGAGACUUUAAAAUACCUUCCAAUUGCUACCAAGAACCAGCUUGAAGAUAGUAAAGUCAUAAAAGUGGUCAGAAAAUGGGCAUCAUCUCACUGCCCAACUGUUGAAGGAGGCUCCAGCAGCGGACAGGAGUCGCAUGGCGACAGCCCAGCAGAUUCUGAAUGUACAGCAGGAACUGAAGAAAAUGAUUAUGAGAAGGACAAGAAAGAGAAUGGUAUCCCUGUGUUUGAAAGGCAGUGCUCCAAUAGGGAUCAAUCUGAUGACGAUUCUCUGGAUGCUGAAGUUGCCAGUUUUAAUGUUGAGAAGACUAUGGACAGUGGAUCUUUAAAAAUAAAAAUGGCUUCAGAAAGCUCAGGAAAGUCUCCCGAUGACCUUUCAGAGGAUGAUGCGAAGUCAGAAGAUGAGCGGUUGCCGGUAGAUGGGGUUGGGUUUAUGGCCAAUGAAUUGUUGAAGUCUUGGAGUUCACUAAAGGUACUCAUGUUUUAGCUUUGCUUUCUUGUGGUAAAUUUGGUUCCCCACUCUAAAAUGUUGACUGAUUGUGUUUGAAAAAAGUUUGAGUGGACUUAGUUCACAGAUCCAAAAGUUAGUACCACCUUGUCCAGCAUAAUAAACAGUACCACGGGAAAGUACUGCUCAGUAGCUUUCAUUUGAAUGGUCACACCAUAGGAUUUCAUCCACAGACUCAAAAGUUAGAACCACCUUGUACAGCAUAAUAAACAGCACCACAGGAAAGUACUGCUCAGUAGCUUUCAUUGGAAUGGUAACACCAUAGGAUUUCAUCCCCAGACUCAAAAGUUAGAACUACCUUGUACGGCAUGAUAAACAGUACCACAGUAAAGUACUGCUCAGUAGCUUUCAUUUUAAUGGUCACACCAUAGCAUUUCUUCCAUGUUUGGAAUGGUAAUAUUUAAUUAAUGUUUGUUUCCUCCAAUUGUUUCCAGGAAGUCUACAGGAUACCAAAGAAAUCUGCGACUCCUGUAAGUUAAAGGUUUAUAAUUGAUCCUUUUCUCCAGUAAUCAUAGGUUGAUAUUAAUCUUUGGUUACCAUAUAACCUCUGCUCUUGUUAAAAAAUAUUUUACGCGCGGAGAAACUGGUCGAGCAUUAAGGAUUGAAGAACUAUUCAGAAGGAUUAUUGGUCAAUUAUUUAAAUGAAGUCUAACUUAGAACAUAGUUUUAGACAGUCAGUGAGCCUGUGAUUUAUCUAAGCUAGGUUUAUCUAAAGCAAAUAUCUGUUGUUAACCGUCUGAUCUAUCGAUCGUGUCCAACGUUCUCUCCAUAGGCAAAGCAGGACAGAAUUGUGGAGUUGACAAUAGCAAGCAGUCCUGCAGGUACCCUAUAUCACAGUUCUUUUCUAAGACUUGCUGAACUUUCACUGUUAUUAGCAGCAGGCCUUUAUUGUGAAUUUUUGCAGUGAUAUCCGUGAGUUUUUAAUUUUAUUUUUGUUUUGAAUUUUAAAGCUUCUAGCAAAAAUGCAUUGAAAUUUGAAAAACAAAUUGCAGGAAACAGUGCACUGCAUUGAAGAGUAUGCCAAGCUUUUUUUACCUGACCAUAAAAUCUUAUUUAUUUAAUAUUAAAAAGCGUUAUUCGAUUUUGUUUUCUAGGAAGUACCAAUGGCGAUCAUGCUAGGUAAGAAUUUGUAAUAUUUUCACUCAACACAAAAUGAAUCUGGAAUAUUACAUUUAAUAGUAAAGCCAGGAUAUACUUACGGGCUUGUUCCUUGCCAAAUGUACCCAUCUAUCCACUGAAAAAACCUGGGUUAUAUUGUCCUCGCUUCAUGACACACGUAUUCAGAGCAGUGGAAUUUAAUGCGACUUGUUGUAGAAGCAGAGUUUUGUUCCUACCAUAGGCAAAUUGACAAUUGUGGCUUUUAUACUCUUACACACUUCAUUGAAAUGUUCAUUUUUGUUUUUUUUUUUUGGCAGGACUCCAGUUGAAACUUUCAGUUCUCCAAGGAGAUUAGACUUGAUCAUGAAAAGUCUUCAUAAUUCUCCGAAACCCCUGUUCCCCGUGGAAACCCAGACCCCCCCGGAAUCCCAGGGUUUCUCCACAAGUAGCGAAGAAACGGACGUACGGAAAGGCUCCCCAAUAGAACGUCCUGCUUCAAAAGCUGGUGACUUUAGCUUGUUGGAGUUUGAAGAUGUCUUAGAAGCUAAAGAUGGUAACUCAACUCCUGAUAAAAGUGAAGAUAAACUUGCAAAUCGUUUGUUGUCAGAAAAUAUUGAGGCAUCUCGUGAUGUCAAGUCUCAGAAUAUGUACAAUACUUUGAAGUUUGGUUAUCAACAACGAAUGAACUUUAACAUGGAUCAGGGGUCUGGCAUGUUUCAGCAGAAACCCCGUGGGAACAAAAAGAAAAGGAAAAAGUGGAAUCAAACCCAGGGUUUGUUCCAGCAGCAAGAAAGGAAUAAUCAAAGCUCAGGAGAUUACAACUAUGGAAAUUAUAACUCAAACUCUCAAAUGAACUGUGGCCCACAACAAGGCAUGGCUCAAUGGGGGGUUCCUUCUCAGGGCAAUAUGAGUGCCCCUCAGAAUUACCAAGGCAACCAGUUCUUCAUUGGUGGACCUACAGGACUUGAUCAGGGUCCAAGACCCCAGAAUGUGGGACCUGGUAAUUUUGUAGGAAACUUUUCACAGCAGGGUCCCCCUGUUCCUAAUUUUAGUGUUCCUCCGCCAAAUAUUCCACCGAUGGAUUUUUUCCGCAAAUUUCCUCCGCCGAAUUUUCCUCAACAAGGCCAGCCUUCAAUGAUGCAGAACGUGCCGCAGAAUCCUCUUAUGCCUCAACAAGCUGUUCCUCCCCCGUCGCUUCAACCUAACCAGCCGCCGUUCUUCUCGCCGAACCCGCAGUCACCUUAUAGUAGGCUCCCUCCUCCCCCGCCUUUUCAAGCCAACUUGCCCACCCCUCCUUCCCAGUUUUUGCAGUCUAACAUCAUGCAACAGCAGCAGCAGCCUCAAAACGUGCAGUCUACUUUCCAGUUUCCUUCGUUCAAUUCUCCAGCGGCCCCGCCCUUAAACAUGCCUCCCGUUCAACAGACGAGCCCGCCAGGGACUUUUCCAGUUACCGCGCAAGUUCAAGGACGUUCGUACGAACCUUCUCAGUCUACAGAGGCGGAGUCUUUCUCCCUCCAAGCUGUUGCUGUUUCAACCUCCUCAAUAGAUGCGUAUAACACGAGAGAAAUUUCAGAACCGUGGACACCAUCGCCUGUGAAGAAUAAGCCGAUACAUCUGCCUCCAAACUGGAAAUCAGCGACCGACCCACAAGGAAAAGUUUACUACUAUCAUACGCAAACAAGGUGAGGAAAUGACAUUCAGUAAAAUUUCCGUCUUGUGCAAAAUACCGAAAAACAAAUUUCAAAGAGGUUUCAUGAUUUCAUCACCAGACAGACUCGAGCGUUGGAACUACAUUACAUAUCCUUAUCGCUACAUUUAGCCUCCUAAGCAGACUUUCCUCUGGCUCGUCACGCAAUCCUCUCCAAAGAGGAAGGAACGCGUGACGAAACCCUAAGAUUGUAUCCCUGGGAGACGCAUUGGGGAGCGUAAGCAAGGAGUCUUUGAGCAGCGCAUGCCAACCGGAAGUGGACUCUCUGCAUUCUUGGCAGUGGAUUGGCCCAAAUUUGUAGGCAAAUCGUCUCUAUAAGAGUAAAGACUCUCAGCAAAACAAAUUUUAUAGCGUCAGGACAUAUUAAAAGGGAAAAGGCCUUACUUUCGAUUGACGUGCGUUGCUCAAACACGUCUAUGCUUAAGCUCCCCGUUAUACUUGCUAAAUGCACCUAUUGUGGGGGGGGGGGGCAGUUUUAAUACCAAAAGUAGCAAGUUGAAAAGUGCUCUCCACUACUCACUUUUUCUCAUCCUUUCCACCGUCAGGUGUACUCCAGCUCUUCCCUGAAACCCUCGCCCUCUGUCGUGCAUCACAAAAAAUGAUCUUUAUUCAUUGUAUUUUUCUAAAGGAAAACGCAGUGGGAACUUCCAAGGUGGGAAAGCAGUCCCUCAUCAGAAGAAGAUCAGCUAGGCAGUAUAACGGUACCAGAGGACACAAGUAUAACGCCUCAGAGAUACAACAGCAUAGACGAGGUAACACUUGUGUCAUUUUAACGGCGAAUUGUAUUUACAGUUGACUCCCGGUAACUCGAACCUUCUAGGGAAAUCGAAAAAAGUUCGAAUUAUCGGGAGCUCGAGGCAAAUACCCGGCAAUAGGAAAAUGAGCAAAUGGAAUGGGGCGAGAAUGCAAGUAUCAUGCACACUUCACUUCAAGGGCAGCAAGAGAUAUACAUCGAUAUUUUUAGCAAGGAAUUAAGCAACAAAGUUUAUGCAUGAAUGGAAACUGAAUUUGAACUGGACUGACAAAAAAGUACAGGCAAAGAAUUCAUGGUUGUUUUAAAAUAAAGUCAAUGUUUCGGCCUUCAGUAGAGUGGGUUUUUUUUGCCGACUUGAAACAUGGUUUGAGUUAUGAAGAAAUGAUCUGAAGGGAAACAAAAAUUACUUCGAGUUAGGGGGAGGUUUGAGUUGUCGAAGGUUUGCGUUACCGAGGGUAAAAUUACAGUAAAUGUGUGAAGGAAAUGUAGGGAAAAUUAAUUUUGGUUCGAGUUAGCGAGGGUUUCGAACUAUCGGCAGUCAACUGUACUGAAUUUGUGACAGGAAUUGUUCUCUGAAAAUAUCAUUUUGGGUUUCUAAGAAACUGCCCACCUACCCCUCCCCUAAGCCAACAUUAUCACUUACUUCUCACUUAAGGCAAAAUGUGUGCGUAGGGGAGGGGUUGGUGGACAGUUUCCCAAAAACCUAAAUUGAUCCCAGUUAUCAUUUUGUGAAUCUUGUGCAGGUUUCUUCGCCGAAAGCAAAGGUAACGAAGAUUGUGAAGACACCAUCCACACCUCCAGGGACCCCCCCUGAAAGUCCGACUCUCACCACUGCCCCAGCGGAUACUACAGCGCACAGGAGGGAUGAGGAACACAUGUUGGGAAGAGAGGAUCCCUCGGCUGGUCCAUCAUCGCAACAGAGCAAGAUUAGAGAAAUGUUUAGAAUGAAGGUAGGUGAUGAAAAAACUUAAUUAUCAACCCUUCACUCUUAAGAGUGACCAACACCAAUUUUGUCCUAACAGCAUCCUUACAUUAUCAAUAGAAAAGGUUAUGAGAAUUGGUUAAAUUAAAACCAAGGGAGAAGUGCUUUGAUCUUUUAUCAAAUUCUCUCAACGGCUUCUUUAAGGAAGUGUAUGGAGAUCAGUGUGGAGAAUUUCUAAGUGGAUAUUAGGGUUUAAAGCGUUCGUUGAUAAGGAAAAUACUUAAGUAAAUUCAGGUGGAUCGUUCAAUGUGACGAACACGUGGCUGAGUUUUAGCGUCGAUUCUGCCUAAAUUAUUCUGAUUUAGAGUUGCGUUCAGUAGAGAAUCUGAAUUAAUUCAUAGUUGCUUUGAAUUUUCAUUCGUGGGCUUUGCAUUGGCCAAAAAAUAUCACGUGACGCAACUUUGUCAACCAAUCAUAAAUUAAAGCAAGACCAAGUCGUGUCUAACGCGCGCGCGCAUUCCCGCGUUUCUGAUUGGUUCAUUGCUUUCUCCUCUUAUGUUCUGAUUGGCGUGAACUAUUUAAAACUAUCAAUUUGAUGUGCUCUUUUUGUAAUUUGUAAUAGUAAAGUUGCUGACACAGGAAUAUUUUUCGUUUACUUUUUGAUUAUAUUUUGCAGCUUUCCAAUGUAGUUGUCAACUGUCUGAACCCUUUUUUCAAAGUGGAUUGUAAGCUAGGCAGGAUAUUGACUACAGAUGACUUCAAAUAUUUAGCUAGGAAGGUACGUUUUUUUUUCGAUAAAUCGUCAGGACACCCACAUCCCCCCCUCCCCCAUGCUUUUUACGCCUCAUGGUCUGUAGAUAUGUGCCCGGUCAGUCGACCCAGCCCGGUAUUCCUUUGUGCAGACAGCGUGUACGAAAUGUGAAGCUCGCGGUCUUCUGUACUGCAGUGAGCUCUGAAUGUUUUCUUCACUAUUUAUUCAGCACCAGCCACGUGGCCUAGGUCGGACACGUGCUUGUCCUUUCAAAACAGAAAAUGUUUUUGCAGCCCUGCUGCGAGUUUAAUUGGUGAUAACAACCAUACUCAUCUUCUCUACGUCGUACCUCAAGUAGCCCGUCAAGUUCAUUGGAAAAGUACUUCACUUUGUUUAAAGUCUUUUCAUUUAUUUGUUUAUUUGUUUAUUUAUUUAUUUGUUAAAAUCUACAUCGCUAAACGGAGGUGGGUGCCUGGAGUGUACAGGGGUUUCCACUUUUGGUAGCAGGCCCUAGAUUGAAAAACGCCCUCAUGGCUGGGUUGUCUUGUUGUGCCAGCCAUGAGCCCCCACACAAAAGGAAAUAAACACGUACCCGUCACAAGUGGGGAAAGAACACCAGGGAGAAGAGGGAGGGGAAGAAAAUAGAUGAAACAAACCUCGUGGCAUGAUCGAUGUAGCGAGCUACUGGGCAUGUGCGUGCCAAAAGACCGCUGACCUCUGGCACUGAGGACGCUGUUAUUUGCUAACUCUUGUAAACUGCAUUAAAUGCAUGUUAUUUAUUUAUGUUUUAUUUUCUUUACUUUUCAGUUGACACAUGGAAUUCUAAUGAAGGAGCUGCACCACUUAAAAGACGAGGAAACGUUGCAGUGCAACGACUCCGUUAAGAUAAAAACUAAGGAGUAUAUUCGAAGUUAUAUGAAAAAAUUUGGACCUGUGUACAAAAGAACAUAGCUCACUGGCUCUCUCCUCCGUCGAGCCCUCCGUGUCGUAGGGAGGCUGGGGAGAGGAUAAAAAGAGAGCGCGCGGGGGAC